AUGGGUAAUGAAGUGACGGCGGAGAUGGAUGGACCAGGAAGUGUUGAUGAAUAUUGGGCACUUCGUAGGGCGACCUGGGAUGAAAUUGGUUCUCUGGCGGUGCUGCAGGAGGCUCUGUUGAGGAUGGAUGUGGAUGCGCCUCCCGGACCAGAUUUCCUGUCCAUUAGACAAAGUGAAGGGGGUACAUUACUGGCAUUACAUAUACCCGAAAGAGUGCAGGCGGAGAAAAAAGUUGAAAAUCCCUCUUUUAUGCCCUCUGUGACUGAGUGGAUUAGGCAUUCUGUUGGCAUUUCACUGGGGAUAAAAACUUCAUCACCAUCAGGGAUGAAUGAAAUGUCACAUCCGGAUAAGCACGAAGGGCAAAGGGAGAGUCUGGGGCAGUUUUCCUGUCCCGGGAAGAGCGCAGAGACCGAGUUAAACAUCCAGCCUGCUACUACUACUACUACUACUACUACUACUACUACUACUAUUACUAUUACUACUACUGUUAUUUCUUCACUUUUCGGAGUAGCUGGAAGUGCAUGCUCAAUUAAUUAUUUCACUUGCAUUUUCUUUCCUUUCAGAGACCUUCAGGGGAACGACCUUUCUGCCGUUUAUUACUCUGAUCUGGCUGGACUUUCUCAGCUGCGUAUCUUGCAGCUUCACGAGAACGAAAUCCACACCGUAGAACGCGGGGCUUUCCAGGACCUUCACCAACUGGAGCGUCUACGUCUGGAUAAUAAUCGUUUGCAGCAUCUCCCAGAUAAUCUGUUCACUAACUGCCCCGGACUCUACAAACUAGAGCUGAAUCGCAAUCAGCUGAAGAUUAUUGGAAAGAAGUUGCUGAAGGGUCUCUCCCAGUUACGAUAUCUGCAACUGGACGAGAACCAGAUCACUUGCAUUGACGAGCAAGCUUUCAAAGGACUGAGUUUGUUGGAAAUUCUGACGUUGACCAACAACAACAUCACCACCAUCUGGCGGGGGACCUUCGAAGCGACUCCUCGGCUGAGGGCCCUUCGCGUCUCGGGCAACAAACUCAUCUGCGACUGUCACCUGUCAUGGCUGGGUCGUCUUUUGGCCGCCUCGCCUCACCUGGCCCCCUACGUCAGGUGCUCCUCGCCCUACAGGCUCAAGGACCGCCUCGUAACCGAGGUCCUUGAUCACGAAUUUAAGUGCACAGGAUUAGUUGACAAUGUUGACCGAGGAUGUUCGUUGGCUCCCGUUUGCCCAAGGGCAUGUCGCUGUGGUGCCGGGAUCGUGGACUGCAGGGACACUGGCCAGACACACGUCCCCACACACAUUCCUGACGACACCAUUGAGCUGCGUUUGGAACAUAACGAAAUCCGCCACAUUCCUUCGAAUAUCUUCACUCCUUACAGACUUCUAAAGAGAAUUGACCUCAGCAACAACGAGAUCACGGAAAUCGCUGAUGAUGCCUUCCAUGGACUGAAUAGUCUCAACUCGCUUGUUCUCUACGGUAACAAGAUCACUACCAUAUCAUCAAGGGUCUUCAGCGGUCUCACGAAUCUACAGUUGUUGCUUCUGAACGCCAACCACAUCGAGUGCAUCCAUCGUGAAGCCUUCAAGGACCUGAGGAAGCUGUCUUUGCUGUCUUUGUACGAUAAUCAGAUUAUGUCGAUGGGCAACGGGACGUUCCUUCCGCUAACCAAUAUUCAAACAAUGCAUCUGGGAGCCAACCCUUUCAUAUGUGACUGCAACUUGGGCUGGCUUAGCGCCUACCUGGCAGACAACCCCAUAGAAACGUCGGGUGCGCGAUGCCAGGAACCAACCAAACUCUCCAGAAAACCUUUUGGAAGACUGAGGUCUGAAAAUUUCAAGUGCACUGAUGAAUUAAGAUCAAAAUACAAUGGCCGUUGUGAUGAGGCUGACCUUUGUCCUGCCAGCUGCCGAUGUGAUGGUACUCGCCUGGACUGCUCUGGUCGAGAUCUCACGGAGAUUCCUACCAAUUUGCCAACUGCUUCCACCACUCUGGAUCUGAGUUAUAACCAGCUCUUCUCUCUGGAGGGAUCGACGCUCUUCAUGCGCCUCAAGGAUCUAACACAUUUAGACCUUUCUCAUAAUCGCCUCACGGGACUGACCGCAGAUUUCUUCAGGGGCGCCAGAUCUCUCGCCAACCUCAAUGUGUCCCACAACAAACUGACACAGAUGCCUGAGAGUGUAACAAGAAGGUUGAGGGCCCUGACCCAGCUAGAUCUCUCAGGGAAUCACAUCUCCUGCCUCUCCAGCAAAAUUAUUGAGCAUCUUCCAAGGCUCACAGAUCUUGAUAUUUCUUCGAACCCUCUAAACUGCGAUUGUCGAUCAUCCUGGUUAUCGAGAUGGGUAGCAGAGAAAGAUGCCGCUGCAGUUCCUACAUGUCAUCUCCCUGAGAUUCUCAGAGAUGUUGCCAUUACUAAAGUACAGCCUCAUCUGUUAACUUGCCAAGAUUCGGGACGAGAGGACGAUGAAGAGGAAUGUGCUGGCUCUGUAUAUUGCCCCCCUGAGUGUGAUUGUCGAAACACUGUGGUUCGGUGUUCUAGGGCGCAUCUCACUCAGAUUCCUCGAGGGAUUCCACCGGACACCUCAGAAUUAUACCUUGAUGUGAAUGAAAUCAAGUCCAUCGAUCCAGAAAGGCUGAAACAUCUGAAGGUUCUGAAACGACUGGAUCUCAGCAACAAUCAGAUUACUAUCCUGUCCAACAAAACAUUUUCUGAAUUAACUCAGCUAUCAACUCUCAUCGUAUCAUACAACAAGCUCGGCUGCAUGGAGAGGGAUGCGCUGAUUGGUCUCAAAUCACUUCGAAUACUUUCACUGCACGGCAAUGACGUUUCAUUCAUCCCUGAGGGCACAUUCAGAGACCUUGAGGCAAUUACUCAUAUAGCUUUAGGUGCAAAUCCCCUGUAUUGUGACUGCUCAUUAGGAUGGCUUUCCAAGUGGGUGAAAGGAGAUUUCGUUGAGCCUGGGAUUGCCCGGUGCGCUGAGCCCAGGCCCAUGCGGGAUAAGCUCAUCCUUACGACGCCCCCAGAGAUGUUUCAGUGUACGGAGAGGGUUCCGGACGAAGUGUUAGCAAAGUGUGAUCUAUGUUACACUCGACCAUGCCAGAAUGGUGGAACUUGCAGGUCCGGUCCAGGGCAGGAAUAUGAAUGCCUUUGUCCGCCAGGUUUCCACGGACUAGAAUGCCAGUACAAGAUUGAUGCUUGCUAUGGCAACCCGUGUGAUAAUGGAGGGACAUGUAAAGUUUUCGAAACUGGAAGAUAUGCGUGCCACUGCCCCAACGGUUUUGAGGGCGGACGAUGCGAAGUCAAUAUUGACGAUUGUUCUAGCAAUAAAUGCGAGAAUGGAGCUGCUUGCGUUGAUGGCAUUAGUUCCUACUCUUGCACUUGUCUACCAGGCUACACUGGUGAAUACUGCGAGAAGAAGAUUGCCUUUUGUUCCAAAGAAUUUAAUCCUUGCAAGAAUGGCGCCAGUUGCAUCGACCAUGGAACUGGAUACGAAUGUCAGUGCAGCGUUGGCUGGUCAGGAAGCAAUUGCACAGAAAAUCUGGAUGACUGUCUCAAUAAUAUGUGCCAGAAUGGAGGUCAGUGCGUAGAUGGUAUUGGGGACUACGAGUGUAAGUGUUCUGGGGAUUGGAGCGGUCGGUAUUGUGAACUGGGACCUUCAGUUCUCUUGCAAACAGAACCUUGUCUACAACAUGAUUGCCGUCACGGAGUCUGCGUCGUCCCACGUGGAGAAAUGGAAUACGUCUGUAAAUGUUCACCUGGAUACUCGGGUAAAUAUUGUCAGCAUAUGACAGCGGUAAACUUCAUAGAUUCAGGCAGCUUCGUGCAAGUAAUUACACCCCCUCUGAAGCCUUCAAUUAACAUAACCAUUAGCUUUACAACAAAAAGCGCUAAUGGUGUGUUAGUCUACCAUGGAAAAGAUAGACAGCACUUGGCAGUUGAAGUGUUUAAAGGACGGCUUCGUAUUAGCUAUGAUGUUGGCAAUCAUCCUGCAUCUACAAUGUUCAGCUAUGAAUUAGUCAGCGAUGAAUCCGAGCACACUGUUGAACUACUCUCCGAAAGGCAGAAUUUCACGUUGCGAGUGGAUGGUGGCGUUGCCCGAUCAAUGAUCAAUGCUGGAGACCAAGAAUACCUGGAGUCAGAUACACCAUUGUUCCUUGGUGGUGUCCCUGCAGAAAUAGCCAAACAUGCGCAAGCUCAGUGGCACUUAAGGAAUUCCUCGAGCUUCAGAGGAUGCAUGAGUCAAGUACAAGUUAAUGGGCGCGUUCAAGAUCUCGCAGACAGUGAAAAACAGAACAAAGUUCUACCUGGAUGUGGAGAUGCUGAACAGAGAGAUCAAGGGGCCCCCCGACCGAGCCAUAGUGUUGCAAAACCUCCGGCCACUGUCAUGAAACCACAAAUCACAAAAGAACAAGACGCCUGCGAUGCUCACAAGUGUGAGAAUGGAACAUGUCGUUCAAGAAGGCGUGGUGGGUACAGAUGCAAGUGCAAUAAGGGUUGGACUGGAAGGUUUUGUAAUCAAGGUCUAAUUGAGGUCAACCAAACUUUCAAUACCAAUGAAACACUUAUGAUGGAUCAGGCAGUGUGUACCUCCCAUGAAUGCGUGAAUGGUACCUGUCGUCCUCGGCGACAUGGCGGGUAUCGCUGCAAGUGUCAGAGUGGGUGGACAGGAAAAUUAUGCAACCAGGCUCCAUCCUGCCGAAAAGAGCCGGCAAAAGCUUACGUUUACGACUACGGCUGCCGAUCCCGCCGUCCCGUCCGACAGUACACGUGCAGUGGUUCCUGUGGGAAAGACUGUUGCCAGCCCAAGCGGUAUCGGAAAAAACGAGUGGCGAUGAUUUGUAACGAUGGAACGAAAUAUAUAAAGGAUGUAGACAUCAUAAGGAAGUGCAAGUGUUCUAGGCACUGCGACGAAAUCUAAAGACGAAGAGAGAGUUGUGUUUUGGUGGAUGAUUUGAAGUGAACUGUCAGUUUAGAUAAUCAACUAAAAAUGGUUUCAAUCACAUAAAUGCAUACCUCAAAAGUAUACAUUUACACACUAUAUUUAUAGAGUACUUACAGUGCGGGUAAAGAAAUAGUUGUGGAAUGUGCAAGUUCCACCUGGGAACAAAAGUGUGUAGGAAUAAAAAGGUUAUUAAGUAAAUCGUAGAACUCUGAGAGUAGUGGGUGCAUAAGCAUAUUUAUACAGUAGCAUUUACAUACUCAGUUUCAAGCUUUACGUGCAGUGGAAAUAUCUAUGUAUAUAGUUAUAAUUAUAUGUUCAAUGAUGUCUUAAUUAAGAUAGUAUAAGCUUUAUAUAUACAAUACUAUAUCCUAUAACACAGACUGACACGUGAAAGUCGACCAGCGCGAUGGUUUUAUGAUGCUGUUUGCUGGAUAAAAUACCUCUUUCGAAAUAUUCAAAUUUUCUUAUAAAAUUUGUAUCCCAACUGGUAAUGUACAAUGAAAACAUAAGAUAUAACUCUCAGUGCAUUGUUAUUAAAUAUGAUGUCAAAGUAUGGAAAUUGGAUACAAGUUUUGAAAAAUCUUUAUGACAAAGAAACCUGGUAUUUUGCCAGCAUGUUUCUUUCCAAAUAACAAUUGGAUUUAUUACACCAGUAAAAGAACAAUUUCUUUCUCUUAAAAACAAUAAAAAUAACUUUUAAAAAGAUAAACAUUCAUAGAACAUAAAGAACACACAUGUACUGUGUUCCUAUGCUAGGUUCCUAAUUUGUGACAAAAGAACUUGUCAGUUUGCCACUCCUUGCAAGUACCAAGGAGGUCAUUUUGAAACCAGACAACUAUGUCUGAUGCACAGAAGUGUAGAUUUCUCCAGAUAAUGACAUCAUAGAACUGGAAUUCAUUGAGACAGUGAAAUCGAGUCAAAUGGAAUCAUGCCAACUAAAUGCUGCUCACCUUCAACCUCCGGACAUGCAGCAUAGUCUUGCACUGCAUAAGUUUACACAAUUCAGUAGAAGGAAUGAAGUCAUCUAAGCUGAAUUACUAAUACCAUCCAAGGUUUUCAUCCAUAACAAUAUAUGUCAUGCUGGUACAUGACCAAGGCAAUUACCUUCAUCUUCAUCAGAGAUGGGAAUCACGAGAAAAAUUGUCUCUCCCUACGUACGUGCGUGUUUGUUUCAGCAAUAUCUUUGAAUAUCCAAUCAUUCUCCUUCCAGGAGUAACUAAUUACAGCCCUCCAUGUUGCCUCCAGUCAUGCAGAAGUCCUGGAGUAGAUAUGUUUAGAAAUUUUGUACAGUAGAUUGGUGAUAACUCAAAUAUGACUGUUAUACAAGAGAUGGUCUAGUCUACAGAUAAUAAGGGAGUUAUCUCUGAAAUGAUAACUGCAAUAGCUUGUUGACUUUUGGAGUACAGUACAUGCAUUGUGCUACAGUGACUUUAUUAUCAACCAUGAUUGCACACGUUCUUUACCUUUUACGUUGAAAUCUUGAAGCUUCAGAGUGUAGUGAAAGCCAAACUUUUGGGAUCAGUGUUCCUGGAGAAAAUAUAUUUUUAUUUUUUUAAAUAACUGAGAUGUUAUUUCUGAGAAAACUCCCUUGGUUUUUGCUGUCCAGGCAUGUAAGAGCUCCCAGCACUGGAUAACUUAAACCUUUACCAGCUGAAUUCGAGUUAACACCGUUCUACUGAAACCAUGAUUUUUUUUAGAAAAUGUCCAAAUAUUGGAAAUGAUCAGGAAUAGAAUGUCUUCUUGAGGCUUUUUAUAGCUAUAUAUACUAUAUACAUUGUGUAAUACUCUGAUCUUACUGACGAUGAUGAUUUCAUGAAUACAUCCUAAGCUACCUAGCUAGCUAUUACCAGUUUGUUCUGUCCAGAAAUGUUUAAUAGCUAUGUGUGUUAUGUAUGAAAUGUAAAGAUUAUGUCUCUUUGAGGGAUUAUAUAAUUACAGUUAAAAGGUUUAUUAUAUUUCUAUAAUUCUUAAAUAUAUUAAGCUGACUUAUUAUCUGAUAGGGUUAGAAUAAAUUCUUCUACAUCAUAACCUGUAAUUAUCAUACAAAUGGUCUUUGUGAAGCACCUUCCAUCGUUAUUAUUAUUACUAUUUUGAAACAAAAAUUUAUCCUAUUGGUAUAGUAACUAUGAUAUGUUUUGAUAUAAAUUUACCUUUUUAAGAAAAUUGUGGUCAUAUUUCGUUGGUCCUCACCAAAUCAGGGAACAUAGUAUAUAACUCAGUGAAUACCAUCCUCUUAGGAGUAAUAUUUUGUAUACGUUGUCAAGUAAAGAUGUAUAGUCAUUAUUUGAUUUACUUCAUCAUCUUAGUUUGAAAAUAUUCCGUUCUCUAUCUAAUUAUAAAAAAGCUACCGUCCAUCAGAUGGUAGAAAAUAUUGUACGGUAUAUCUCAAAUACCUACAUUUGAAGUUUAAAAAUAAAGUGGUUCAUUUACUUUAUUAACAAGACUUAAAAUGUAGAAUCACUGAUAUCACCAAAUGUUCAUUAUUAGCUGUGUGAAAGGAAACCUGGAGAUCAGAACAUUGUAUAUGAUUUUUAGUGUAUGUCUAAAGUAGAUUCCUGGGCCUCCAGAUAUUUCAGUCAGUAGAAAAAUAAUACUGUAGAAAAAUAAUAAGUUGACAACCACAAACAGAAAGUCAUCAAUUCUUUCAUUGCUGCUUGAUCCAGUAUUUUGUUUGGAUGAAAAUGAGGAUGAUAACCAUAAACUUCUUACUUAUUAUUAUUACCUUUUUCGUAGAUAUGCUGUAUUUUUAAAGAGGUUUUUAUUGUCUUGAUCUUGAAUUGCAACUCCUAUUGAGGUUGUCCAUGUAUAGAAGAGAAAAUGGAAAAUGUCUAAUGUUCAGCCACUUUUGUAUUUUGGCAGGAGAUAAUUUAAAUCAUUUUUAUAAAUAUUGGAUUUCAUCUCUUCAGAAUCAUGGAAAGUAUUUGUGAAACGCUGUCGGGAAACAUAUUUCCAGGCCUAUAUUGUGUACAUUCUUUUACUGUCUUUGGAGGUGGUACUGCUGAGGAAUAUAAGACUGAUCAUAUUUUGUUAAAGUACUAAUAGGAAUAAAUGUAUGAUCAUUUACAUUUCAAAAAUGAAAAUUGGGGUUCUGUAACCACUUUUAUUUAUGUUUGAUGUACAUUUUCUUGCUUAAUACAGGAGACAUUUGAAUUUCAAGGAAAGUAUCACUAUUUGGAAAAGGGAUUAAUCAUUGCAAGGGAUACUAUGUAAGUUGCAUGUAAAUUACUGAUGCUAGAUUACAGUAGCUGUCUUGUACAGUAUUUCUUAAAAAAAAAGUUUUUAUGAUCCAUUUAAAUCUACUAUAAAACUUGUAAUCCCUUCAGGCCUUUAGUAAAUUAAACAAUGGUAGAUUAUAGUGCAUACAGAAACAUGAGUUCCAUGAUAGUGACAUCGCCAUCAGUGUGAUUCAUUUCAAACUCAGUGUUGUAGUGCUCUAUGGUGACAUCCUAAUGAUCAUCCACAUAUAGGGACCUUGAGAGCUACAAAUUCUAAAUCAAACUUCUCAUUGUGAAACAUUAGAAUCUCAAUUCUCUAUAUGAAUUUUAAGGUUGAUGAAUGGUUUUCUUAUGUUACGGUUAGUAGGCUUAGGCCCUCGUAUUACAAUACGUAUCGAUUUAUUUAAAACUAAACAACAGAUAGGCUGAAGCCCCUCCCAUUGUCAAGAGUAUUGUGAGAUUCUUGACUUUCAUUUUUGUUAUAUUUUUUGUACCAGUGUCAUCAUAUACUUUGAAUGAGAAUCUUAGCUUUAAUCAUGUAAUUUGGUUUUCAGUUUAUAAUACAAGAAGUAAGCCCUGCUUAAAACCGAUGAAAACAUUUCAGCCAUACAGUGUGCGUUAUAAGUUUAUUGUUUCAUGUUGUUUAUUAAAUAUUUGAAUACAAAUUACAGACAGAAUUUCAGUACUGGGUCUGAGUUUUUGUUGUAUGCAGAUUAAAAUUUUGCCAGGGAAUAUGAUUUAAGAUUAGAAAUCAAUAAGUAAAAAUAUCACAUUCGUUACAUGUGCUAUAGUUUUCUUUUAACUCCAUUUAGAAACCUGCACACAGAACUGUUACUUGUAAAUGCAAUGUCGCUUGUAAUGGUAAAAUUUUACCCCAUGUUCAGUAAAGUUUAACAAGUUCGUAUCGUAAAGAGGUGGCUGCAUAGUUUAAUCAUUAUGUAUUCUUACUGAAUGUUCAUACUAAAUUUUUUAGUUUGUAUUAUGGAUGUACAUUUUUAGAGUUCAGUUUUACCCAUAGGUGUCAAUUUAUCCUAUGUUUAUUAAUAAAAAAGAAUAUAUACAGUAUAUAGAUUAGGCUAGAAUAUGAAUUUUUUAUUUGAUUAAGAACUGUAAAAAUAAUCUGUACAAUUAAUUUUUCAUACAUCUUUAAGGAUAUCAAGUAUUUGUACAAUAUAUGUAGAUAAUGGAUGUUAUAUGCAUAGAGGUUUAUUUUUAUGUUCAAAGGAGAAUGGUUCCUGCAGUCAACCAUUCAGAACAAAACAGAAAAAAAAUUAAAUACGAAAGUGCAUGUUGUGCCAUAGCUCACAGUGGACCCUAUACAGUGAUUACGAGAUGUGUCAAACUUAGGUGUGUUCAUUAUCUGUGUAAUAAAAUAGAAACAACCA